CCACAUCCCGGUCUAUGGUGUCAGUUGCGAGCCUAGAUUCUGGCUGAUGAGUAAUAGGCUGUAUUUGACGUAGCAACGGCACCAACUGCCUACAAGUCCAUUGUGCAUGCUUGAGACAGGGUGCCUGUGCCUGGUCAUUUCUCUACUUCCAGAGAUGUUCCAACCAGCGGCAGCCGCGGCGUUCCAUUCCGCAGUUAAUGACGGCAGCACGUUUCUCAUUAUCUGCCUUAUUUUCCGAUCAAAUCAUUCACCAGACCGUGCCAAUGGGAACGGGGAGCAAGCCGAUCCUUUCCCGCAGUUUAGUGGAGAGUCUGACAAUACUACUCCGUGGCAUGGUAGCUUCCUCGAACAGGGAGAAACAUGACGUCUGGACAUACUGUAGUUCUGUCUGGACACAGGGCGGCUUGCCGGGUUGUAGCGGCGGUCGUAGCAGUUGUGAUGGACG